AUGGAAACAUAUUAUCCAGUACGAGGAGAAGUAGUAUUUGAUACACAAGAGACGAAGUUGGACACCUACUGGAACACACCUUUCCACAAGAUCUGUCUUGGAAUGAAAAUCAACGGCGUAAAAAAUCCAAGUUUUGUCGUUAUAAACAAGACGGCUGAUUCUUUGUACUCACUGAUCGCUGACGGACAGUAUCGCAACACCUCACUGGGUCGUGACACGUGGAAGACGUUGAUUGGUCUGCAAGCCUCCUUACAGAGCAACUGUAACAAGGAAGGUUUCAAUGUUUUUUGUCAAGGGGGGUCCAAAGCAAGAAUUGGUUUUGUUGCCAACAAUGAAAAUGAUUGCAAGUGGUGUGAUUCCAGAAUUGGAUUUGCACCUCGGGCCAACUGUAAGGACCUAUCUGACCAGAACUUGUCUGAAGGCAACAAGGCCUACCCGCUAAAGGUAGGAUCAAAUGUAUUGUCGGUCUACUGCCAUAUGACUGAUGACCUUGGAGCAUGUGGAAGUGGUGGAUGGACGCUGGUCAUGAAGAUUGACGGUAACAAGAAUACCUUCCACUACCAUGCUGACCUUUGGAGCAGCAAGAACGACUACAACCGUCCAGGAGGCAAGACUGGUUUUGACUCACAAGAAACCAAGUUACCGACCUACUGGAACACAUCCUUUACAAAGAUCUGUCUUGGUAUGAAGAUCGGUCACCAGAUCAGCUUCAUCGUGAUCAAUAAGCACGCCACCUCUUUGUACUCACUGAUCGCUGACGGUCAAUACCGUGCCACCUCAGUGGGCCGUAACACGUGGAAGACGCUGAUUGGCUCACAGGCUUCCUUGCAGUACAACUGUAACAAGGAAGGGUUCAAUGCUGUGGGUACUUCUAGUUCCCAUUCGAAGGCAAGAAUCGGUAUCAUUAGUAACAACGGAAACGACUGCAUCAGCUGUGAUUCCAGAAUCGGGUUUGGUACAGGAGGACAUCCUGAUCACUCCAACACGUGUGGAAACGAGGCAGGACAUGCAUCAGAUAAUGGAGACAAAAAAAUUAAAGCCAUGGGUUACAUAUUGGUGCAGUGAAAGCUAGAACUGCCACUUAUCUACACCAGUGUAGACAUGAUAGAAAGUAACGAUCUUUGUCAGUGAUAGAAGGUUCGCACGUCUGGCCUGUAGUAUCAUAAUUAUUGCUCAUGUAGAAAUGAGAUGAUAAUAAACGCAUUUAUUAUAGCACCAUACCUCACUAAUUGUCCGUGGCGCUUUACGAUACCAUAACUCUUAAUUUAUUUUGAAAGCUUCAUUACUUAAUACACAGGCUAAUAAUAAAAAAUUAUAAAUCAGGAGAAUUCGUAAACAGAUAUGUCUUAAGCUUAGUUUUAACUACAGUAACUGACGAUGAUAGUCUGAUGUCCAAUGUUAACUUAUUCCACAAUUUUGAAGCAAUGGAGUAUGCCCUAUCACCAUAGGUUUUUCAAUUAGCCACGGGCUCAUCAAGCAAAGCUCAGUUUACUUGAGAUACUUGGUUUACCAGAUCUAUAUUAGAAAGGAAUCAUGGUGAUUACCAUCUUUCCCUUCUCUCAUUCGUGGAGGAAUGGGCCAUCAAUCCUUCUGCUCCAAGCAACUCGAUCUUUGCCGCCACUUCUGUAACCCUCCGUGUCUUCGUGAUCCGAGAUUUUCUCUCUCCUUGUUGAUCGUUCUUCGCCACGUCUCUCUUGGCCUUCCUCUUCAGCGAAUGAGAUUUCGAUAAGCAUUUAUCUCUCAGUUUUUUCUCUCUUUAGUUAUCGCACCGUCCUCUAUUCUUUCCUUUGCUCUCGUUAUUCCCUUCCGGAAUAGAUUGAUAUGGAGGCAUUGGUGGAAAAAUAUCACUGGCACGUGACUUGUGUGCCUUUUCAAACGAACCCCAACCCCUCUGUACCAAACUAUUCAAAGCGUCUACUGUGUGAUCACAGCUUAUAACUCUCUGCAGUAAAGUUAUUUCUCCAUUUUACAAGAUUAAAACCAUUGUUAUGUUUUCAAAUCGUUCACUGAAAAAUAAAAAUAAAUAAAUAACUUUAUUUAAG